UUGUUUUAUUUUUAGCAUUGGAGAGGGUAUAUGUACUUCUAUCAAGCUCUGCUCUAGUCGGCAACAGGAAAUAGAAGAAAAACUCAUCGAGGAAGAAACAGCACGAAGAGUGGAAGAAUUGGUGGCAAAAAGGGUAGAGGAAGAAUUGGAGAAAAGGAAGGAUGAAAUUGAGCGCGAAGUUCUCCGAAGGGUGGAGGAAGCCAAACGCAUCAUGGAAAAGCAGUUGCUCGAAGAACUCGAGCGACAGAGACAAGCUGAGCUUGCAGCACAAAAAGCUAGAGAGGAGGAAGAACGCGCAAAACGUGAGGAGCUAGAGCGAAUACUAGAAGAAAAUAACCGAAAAAUUGCAGAAGCACAAGCCAAACUGGCUGAAGAACAGUUGAGAAUUGUUGAAGAACAAAGAAAGAUUCAUGAGGAAAGGAUGAAACUAGAGCAAGAACGGCAACGGCAGCAAAAAGAAGAACAAAAAAUUAUCCUGGGCAAGGGAAAGUCCAGACCAAAACUGUCCUUCACAUUAAAAUCCCAGGAUUAAAUUGCAAACUCUGAACUUUUUACAAAGAAAAAAUGGAAGAACUUUGUAUGGUAGCUUCAUGUUGAAGUGUUUCUUUUUGUUUUAUUUUUUUUAAAUUUGGAAAAUCUGGAAAGUUAGCUUGUGCUAAUAGGGGCUAUGCUCUGCAAUCCCUUUUAUCCCCCUAAUUUCCAUUGUCAAAUCCUUAUCAGAUCAUUGCUGUCUUCUAAAGAAAGUGGUGCAUUUUCCAGCUGUGGGUUCUGUGCUGUGGUCUGCAGAAGAGAUCACUGUGCACUGAGAUGGUCUGAUAAGGUUUUUACUGACCCGCUCCACUGACCUCAGAGUUACACUCUGUGUAAACAUCACGAUGCUGGUUCUGCUGACUUUUUGUUUUUUUAUAUAUUUAUAAAAAAAUAAAAAGUUGGCCCUUGUACUGGAGAAUUCCCGGUUGUUACUGACCUGUGUGGUGCGCUGGUAGCUAACCCGUGUCCGUGUGGCACUGCUCUCGGUGAUCCCGAUUCAGGUAAG